ACCAAGGCUCAUCAGUUCUUUCUACAUAAACCCUACCCCAUAACCUGCAAACCACUUCUUCACACAGCCUAGGAAUAAGCCUGUUAGUUUGUUUUCGAGUAGCCAGAACCAUGUACUACAGGGUAGCGAGAGCUUCGGAGUACUUGGUCAUCACCGGCGUCGGCAUCCCCGACAUAAAGAUAGUGAAGAAGGGAUGGGUCCUCCCCGGCCAGUCCUGCACCGUCUUCGACGUGUCGCCGGUGAACUACACCUUCGAGGUCCAAGCCAUGAGCGCCGAGAAGCUCCCUUUCGUCCUCCCAGCGGUGUUCACCAUUGGGCCCCGGGUCGACGACGACGAUAGCCUCCUCAAGUACGCGAAGCUCAUCUCCCCCCACGACAAGCUGUCCCACCACGUCAAGGAGCUCGUCCAAGGGAUCAUCGAGGGAGAGACUCGUGUUCUCGCGGCCUCAAUGACCAUGGAAGAGAUCUUCCGGGGCACCAAGGAGUUCAAGCAAGAGGUGUUCGGGAAAGUCCAGCUCGAGCUCAACCAGUUUGGCCUGUGGAUCUAUAACGCAAACGUUAAGCAACUGGUGGAUGUCCCGGGGCACGAGUACUUCUCUUACUUGGGCCAAAAGACGCAGAUGGAGGCAGCAAACCAAGCGAAGGUUGACGUGUCGGAGGCUAGGAUGAAGGGUGAGAUUGGGGCCAAGCUUAGGGAAGGGCAAACUUUGCAAAACGCGGCAAAGAUUGACGCGGAGACGAAAAUUAUCGCGACACAGAGACAAGGGGAGGGGAAGAAGGAGGAGAUCAGGGUGAAUACACAAGUGAAGGUCUACGAGAACGAAAGAGAGGCCGAGGUCGCAGAGGCUAACGCGGAGUUGGCAAAGAAGAAGGCAGGUUGGACUAAGGAGGCCGAGGUGGCGCAGGUGGAGGCCGCUAAAUCUGUGGAUCUGAGAGAGGCCGAGCUGCAGAUGGAAGUCGAGAGGAUGAAUGCCCUGACGCGGACGGAGAAGCUCAAGGCUGAGUUUCUGAGCAAGGCCAGUGUAGAGUACGAAACCAAGGUACAAGAAGCAAACUGGGAGCUCUACAGGAAGCAGAAAGCCGCGGAAGCAGUCCUGUACCAGAAGGAAAAGGAGGCGGAGGCCCAGAAGGCGAUUGCCGAGGCCAGCUUCUACACAAGGCAGCAGCAAGCCGACGCAGAGUUCUACACCAAGAAGAGAGAGGCAGAGGCGCUUGUGGCAUUGGCCCAAGCCCAGGGCACUUAUCUGCGAACGCUGCUCGAGGCACUGGGGGGCAACUACGCCGCCCUCAGGGAUUACAUGAUGAUCAACAACGGUGUGUUCCAAGAGAUGGCGAAAGUGAACGCGGGGGCCAUCCAGGGGCUGCAGCCAAAGAUCAGCAUUUGGACCAGCGGAGGAGAAGGGGGCGACGGAAGCGGGAGCGGAACGGGCAAUGUGAUGAAGGAUGUCGCCGGGGUUUACCGGAUGUUGCCGCCACUAUUCAAGACGGUGGAGGAGCAAACGGGGAUGCUCCCGCCGGCGUGGAUGGGCAUGUUGACCGACUCAUCGGGUCGGUCCGAUCCAAAUUAAAUGGGAGUCCAUUGACGGCCAAGAGGUCAAGUUGCUUUGGCGCCAUCUCCUUCAUGGAAAAGAGAUGCAAAUAAUUAUUUGAAUUUAUGAGAUGUGUUAAUUCGGUUAGUCUGGUUUUGUCAAGUAGUUGAACACAUUGAUUGGAAUAUUUUUCAU